AUGAUCAACACCGUGGCCAACAUCAUGAUUGUCUUCACAGGUCCGAUGCUCGCAGCUGGCGCUGAACUCGCCACUGCCGCGAGUAAAGCCCUAGAACAAGAGAUAAAAGCCGAGGCCAAGAGGGUGCUACAUGCGCAGUCGAAGAGUGACGAGUCCGAGCUGCAGUAUUUGAUCGAGUAUUACUCAUUGGUUCGAGAAGGCAAAACCAACUACAUCUCGACGACCACGUUUCACGACAUUACUGGGGGUCACCCGCAAGAACCAGAUGAAUUCUUCAAGGUCUAUGCCCAGGAAUUCAAGCUGAAGACUGGGAGCAAGCGACGUAGGACGAAUGGAAAGUAG